GCCCAAUCUGCGCAUUAUUUCAAAUAUCCCGAUGCAUGGAGGGAGAUCGGCCGUGUUUUACGUCCAGGAGGCACAGUGGCAUUCUGGUCCUAUCCCACGCUCAUGCUACCAGAAGGAAAGAGAUUCUCCGACCUAAAUGAAAAACUGCUGCGAUUCCUGCUCGGCACCGGUCCAAACCGGAUCGGUCAAUACUGGAAUCCAACAGCCCGCGAAAUCCUCUGGUCGCAUUUUACGAAGCUCCCCCCGCCC